UGUCACACUCUAAUUUUCCCUUUUUCAGUGGGAUAAAAGAAGACGUAAAAGAGUGAUGUCAGCUGAGACAUCCUACACAAGGGUGGGGAGACUGACAGGCAAACGAAGUGAGGAAGGAAAGAGAGAAACUGAAAAUACAGAGACAGAAACAGGGUGAGGCAGGGAGAGGUUCCAGGAAUAAGUACAGACGCAUAAGGACACGAACAGAGACUGAGAUCAUCCAAUGAAGGCGGGGAUCGAGUACUUGAGAAAGAGGAUGCUAUAGGCCGAAGUCGCUUUCCAGAUAGACUGAAAGGUGGGCUGUAAGUGGCCAUCCUGUAGCAGGAGAGAGCACGGAACUGGCAGGUACUGGGAGUUCAGUCUCUUCAUGAAUUCUGGAAAUAAAGUGGACCUUAAAAUUAAUAUUAUUGGUCCAAUGGGAACUGGAAAAACUUCUCUUCUAAACCAGUACGUACACAAAUGGUUCUUGAAUGAUUACCAGAACACACUGGGUGCCCAUCUUCUCUCUAAAACCAUCCAGUUGGACAACACCAACUUAAACUUACAGAUCUGGGAUACAGGUGGACAGGAACGAUUUCGGACUUUGGUUUCCACUUUCUACAAAGGCUCUGAUGGCUGUCUGCUAGUAUUUGAUGUCACUGACGAAGAUAGUUUUUCAUGUCUUGAGUUCUGGAGAAAGGACUUUUUGGACAAAAUCCCUCCUCCUAUAGCUGAUUUUCCCAUGAUUGUUCUUGGAAAUAAGAUUGACCUCAAUGACAGACAGGUCUCCAAGGAAUUGGCAAUGUCCUGGUGCAAAGGAAAAAAUGUUUCCUAUUUAGAAGUCAGUGCCAAAAACAAUGUCAAUGUUGAACUUGCAUUUGAAAUGCUUGCCAGAAAAGCCUUAAUACACUACCAAGAGAGUAAAGAAAGCUGUCUGGGAGAGUCCAUAAAGCUGUAUCCCACAGAAGAUUCUCACAGUAGCACAUGCUGCUAACAUAAUGUUAGUUCCCGUGGCUGGACAGAAUGUCUCGGAAAGUGGAUAGAGGCCACACUUAGUUCUACAAAAGAUGUGAACUUGGACAUGUCACAGUGAGGACCAGUCAUUGUAUUUGCCAGUGAUUACAAUACACAACCUUCAGAGGCCAGUAUAACACCGAGGAUUCUGGGUAGAGUCAUAUGUGAUUUCUAAAAUCCUAAGUAAAGUAACUGACAAAUCUGUUUUUCCAGGAAACACAAUCUAGAAUUAUAUGAAAUCAAAUCCAAAUAUGCUCCAGCUUUUUUUUUUUUUUUUUUGCCUUUUUAGGUACUGUAAAUUCAGCAAUGCUUUAAUUUGCACAACUCCAUUGUGGUACAAAAAGUGCUGCAUAUUCAAAGCAAAAUUGCAAUAAAUGUAGAAUAUUUUUACACAUA